GUUUAUUUCUCUCGAAUUUCUUUCCAAUCCAAACCUUACUUUCUCUCUCGAAUCAAAAUAACCUCUGAAAUGUCAAUGUUUAUACCUCGUACAGCUCCUCGAGCUUUCCACGCCCUCCGCGCAGCUGGUCUGCGCCCGGCACAGUUUCAAAAGUCUGCUACCCCUCUAUUAAGACGUUUCCUUGCCACAGAGCAACCACGACUCCGUCUAGGAUCAACAGCACCGAAUUUCAAAGCCAAAACCACGCAUGGCGAUAUCGAUUUUCACGAAUUCUUGGGCGACAAGUGGGGUAUUUUAUUUUCGCACCCAGCGGACUUUACGCCUGUUUGCACGACGGAAUUGGGCGCUUUUGCAAAACUAAAAGAUGAAUUUGAAGGGAGGGGAGUUAAGAUGAUUGGAUUGAGCGCCAAUGGUCUCGACUCACACGCAAAAUGGAUCGAAGACAUCAACGAAAUCUCGCAAACGAACCUCCAAUUCCCCAUCAUCGCCGACGCAGAUAGAAAAAUUGCCUACUUAUACGAUAUGCUCGAUGCACAAGACCUGGAAAAUAUAGAUGAGAAGGGCAUCGCGUUUACGAUCCGGUCGGUGUUUAUCAUUGACCCGGCGAAGAAGAUCCGUUUGACGAUGAUGUAUCCUGCGAGCUGUGGGAGGAAUACGAUGGAAGUUUUGAGAGUUAUUGAUUCGUUGCAAACGGCGGAUAAGAAGGGGAUCACGACGCCGAUUGAUUGGCAGGUGGGGGAUGAUGUUAUUGUGCCGCCGACGGUGAAGACGGAGGAUGCGAGGAAGAAGUUUGGGGAGGUGAGGGAGGUGAGGCCUUAUUUGAGGUUUACGAAGAUUUAGGGGCCUGUAAAGUGUAUGAUAUUUGGGUUGAGAAUUGCUACUUUAGAAAACAACAUAGAAAUGCUCAGCUGAACAAUGC